GUAACAAUCAGACCAUUGUGUACAAUUUGAGCUCGCCAAACAUCUGCCUUAUGUACCUGGUGCACGUCUUCAGUGGCUACCUGACCUUGUCAUACCAAACAAUCUCCACUUGGGAUCCUGCAGUCCUGAAGGUGCUCGUAGAUGUUUUCAUGGACAUGUACUCCCGAGAAAAGUUCACCUCCGAGAAGGUCCUUGUCCCUCUCAUCUUGCGUGCCCGGUUGUUGGAGAUCUUCGUGUAUGCUGAAAAGUCAAUGCCACCUGGCUAUGUGCUGGAAAAGCUGGAUGCAUAUUUUCCACAGCCCACGGAAUCUACCGGGACGGAGUUUGCUCAGACCUACUCUCUCAGGAUACCUACGGGCAGCUGCAACCAGGGUUGGGUAAAGGUGACAGCCCUUGCCGGGAAAGAAGGGGGGGCCUUCAAGUACCCAGCAACCUCAUCCGAGAUUGUACGGCUUGACUGA